AGCUUCAAAAGGAAGUUGUUCUUCGUCACAAGAAAAGAAGUGGAUCUCCUAAACCUAAACCAACUCCAUACGAAGAGGCAAUGGACGCUUUAUCUUCUCUGAUCUCGGAACGCAAUACCGCCAGCGUAGGCAACAAGAACGUUCGGUUCGACCUGCUUUUCGAUUACUUAAAGAUUCUGGAUUUGGAGGAGCCAGUAUCCAAUAUGAAGAUCAUCCAUGUCGCUGGUACAAAAGGAAAGGGAUCCACUUGUACCUUCGUGGAGUCGAUAUUGCGUAAUUGUGGCUUCCACACUGGACUUUUGACGUCUCCUCAUGUUAUUGAGUUCAGAGAAAGGUUUCGAUUGGAUGGAGUGGAGAUUUGUGAAGAGAAAUUUGUAGCGUAUUUCUGGUGGUGCUUCAAUAGACUUAAGGAAAAUGCUGCGGGGGAUAUUCCCAUGCCUCCUUACUUUCGCUUCCUUGUAUUGCUCGCAUUCAAGAUAUUUGCUGCGGAGCAGGUAGAUGUUGCUAUCUUGGAGGUUGGAAUAGGGGGAAAAUUAGAUCCAACUAAUGUGGUUCAGGCACCUGUUGUGUGCGGUAUUUCUUCCCUUGGGUAUGACCACAUGGAAAUUCUUGGAAAUACUCUUGAAGAAAUUGCAGGAGACAAGGCUGGAAUCUUUAAGCAUGGGGUUCCUGCUUUCACUGUGCGUCAACCUGAGGAAGCAAUGUGUGUACUUGAGGAUAAGGCUUCUCAGCUGGAUGUACCACUUCAAGUCGUGCCACCAUUAGAUGCCAAUUUGUUGAAUGGUUUAAGACUUGGUCUAGGAGGUGAGUUCCAAUAUCUUAAUGCUGGUCUUGCUGUUGCGCUAUGUUCUACUUGGCUUCAGAGAACUGGUCAUGUUGGAAUCACUCACCUGGAACAUACUAAUUCUUUGCCGGAGCAGUUCAUAAAAGGAUUAACAACAGCAUGUUUGCAAGGACGGGCUCAGAUUGUCCCUGAUAAAUGUAUUGACAUUAAAAGCCCUGGAGAUCUUGUGUUCUAUCUGGAUGGAGCCCAUACCCCAGAAAGCAUGGAAGUAUGUGCAAGAUGGUUUGCACUUUCCAGUAAGGAAGAUAGCCAACGAGGUUUUAGCUAUCAAUUGCAGGAUAAUUCUAAAUCCUCCAAUGAAUUGGUAAACAGGCACCUCGACGACAGAGCCAUAAAGAAAUCCACACAGCAGAUACUGGUGUUUAAUUGUAUGUCGGUGCGGGAUCCUCAUCUACUUUUCCCACGUUUGAUGGAAACAUGUGCUAGUCAUGGUGUCUGCUUCAAGAAAGCUCUCUUUUUACCAAACACAUCAUUGCAUCAAAAGGUUGGAUCCCAUUCUUUUCCACCAAGUGAAGUUGAUUUGUCGUGGCAGUUCACUCUUCAAAGACUAUGGGAAAACCUCAUGGAGACAAACAAGGGAGGUGGUGGCAAGACUGUUGAUGCUGUCUAUGAAGACUUAAAAGAUGAUACAGAGUUGUGUGUAAAAAGUGGUAAAAAUAGCGCCGUAUUCUCUUCUCUCACCUUAGCUAUUAAAUGGCUCCGGGAAAGUGUCCAACAGAAUCCAUCUGUUCGUUUCCAGGUCCUCGUAACUGGCUCUUUACGUCUUGUGGGUGACGUGUUGAAAUUGGUCAAAGUGUGAGACGUCAGAUCAAGUUCAAAUCCUUAACGUUGGCAUUGAAGAUGGGCAAAAGAAGUCAGUUCUCUUUGGUUAUGCAAAAAUAUAAGGGAAAGAAAUGGUUGAAUGGACUUUCUAUGUUGUAUGUAAUCUGUAUAUUAGAGUUACAAUUUCUGUUUAAAUACAACGAAACAAAGAAAGCAAAUGAGGGGGGAAAAAAUAACCAGCGAUGAUA